AUGAGAGGAGAUAAAUCACUGGCUAAGCCACUGGGUUACCCUGCACUGGACUCCGACUGUUGUGGCAAACUCAAGGAGCUGCCAGGGGACUCCAUCGUCUCCAUCGCCGACUCCAUCGACCUGUCGGGGAAGAACAAGAAGCGGCGCAAUCGCACCACCUUCAGCACCUUCCAGCUGGAGGAGCUGGAGAAGGUGUUCCAGAAGACCCACUACCCAGACGUGUACGCGCGAGAGCAGCUCGCCCUGCGCACCGAACUCACAGAGGCACGAGUGCAGGUUUGGUUCCAGAACCGCCGGGCCAAAUGGAGAAAACGGGAACGCUACGGGAAGAUCCAGGAGGUCCGCAACCAUUUCGCUGCCACUUAUGAUAUCUCCCUCCUACCUCGCUCCGAUACAUACCAGGUACACACAGACGUAUAGACCCAUGGUGUGUCUGACCCAGAGACCUGACCUUUAUUAAACACCACUACC